GCAGCUUGUGUUAUGGCCACCACAACGAGUCCUCCAGCCGUGGGAAGGAAGGUUUUCGACAACAAAGCUGCUGCUUUGAUCUAAUGACACCCGAGGAACAACGAAGGAUGGGCAGUACAUCGCGAUGAAGAAGCCUCCUCUUGCAUUCGGCAUUAAACCAUCUGACCUCGCUUCUGUAUCGGCCACGAAGAGUCAGCGGCGCUUUUGCACAAGGCGAGACUGACCGCGGACCACACACAGGUUCCACGGGUAGAGGACUCUGGUGCCCUUACCGUCUGCCGGAACAUAGCAACGCAAUGGGUGAGAUUGCUGAAGAGCUGAGAGCAGCUGUACAGAGCGACAGUGAGGGCAGCAAUUCGAGUCUGGACCUGGGCAAUGGUGUUGCCAGCAUGGCACUCACAACAGUCGAGGGAUCCCCCAACACAGGCGCUGUUGUCAAGUGCAGGUGGGUUGGCUGUGGACAUUGGUUUGGCCACUUGGAGCUACUGGCUUCACACGUGACCCGAGUUCAUGCUACAUCAGGACAAGGAGGCCUCUUCUAUUGCGGAUGGGAAGGCUGCAGUCGAGGAGACAGGGGUUUUAAUGCCAGGUAUAAGAUGCUGGUUCAUGUUAGGACACACACCAAUGAAAAGCCACACCACUGUUUCAAGUGCGACAAGAGCUUUAGUCGGGCUGAAAACCUAAAGAUACACGCACGCUCCCACACAGGUGAGAGGCCAUAUGUAUGUCCAGUUCCCGGCUGUGGAAAGGCGUAUUCCAACUCAAGUGAUCGUUUCAAGCACACUCGAACCCAUUCAGUCGACAAGCCUUAUGUCUGCAAGGUGCCAGGCUGUCCAAAACGGUAUACUGACCCAAGCUCACUACGCAAACAUGUCAAGACAUACCGUCACUUUCCACCAGGAGCAGUUCCUUCAGACAAUGAUGAAGUGAUCAACAGAUCUGAAAACAACCACAUUAAAUUGGGUUGUGAGGAUGAAAUUCUUCUUUGUAGUACCAAAAGAACAACAGCAUCUAAAGUUCCAAUUAACACUUCCAUAGCGGUUGUGCCAGAAGUUCUGAAGAGGGACUGUAGUGAUGCACUGAAGUUGGGAUGUGAAAAUCGGGAAGCCAAAGUGUGUGGAAAUGAAGAAUGCUGCUCUCCACCUCCCAAUGCAAGAUCGCCACUUCGAUGCUCAAAGUCAUGCUGUGUAGAAAGUGGAAGAGAGUCAGUGCCUCCACAUCCUGAGACAAAUCUUUUAUGGAAUGGACAUGGUGCCCAUUACGAUAUGUUUCGUUCUUGGAUCAAUGCUGACUUCACAGUACUAUCACAGUCAUUACCUUGGCCUUCUGGCCUAUCAUUAUGGAAUUAUCCAUUGCUGCAGCUGUCGACUUGUGGUCGGCAAAUGACAGAUGAAGUCAUAAACCGUUCUUCAAUAUCAAACUCUGGUUUGGGUAUGGCUGCUUCUAAGUAUAGCCAACUGGAACUUCCCAUGGAAGUUACUGACUCUCAGGAUACACCAUUAGAUCUCACCAUGCAUCAUGCUGGUACCAGGGUUUAGUUAAUGUCAUGUAAUCAUUCAUCAUCAUUUGUUAGAGUUGCCAGUUGUCUUGCACUUGCUUGGACAGUCCCAUACACAUGUCAUGUACCUAGUCUUCUAACUCAGUCAGAUAAACUUUACAUAUUUCUUGUCAUAAAUUGGCAGUUUCGUUUUCUAAAGAUAACAUAUUGGAACCUGUUCUGGAAGAAAAGUAAAGUUUAUUUUAUCACUUUUUGUGUGUCUGUGUUUGCACUCCCAAUAACAUUUUAAUGUCUGUGUUUAUCUCCUAAACCCUUUAAAACAAGUGGACCAAAAUUGUUGAUGUUUUUGUAAUUGAUAAAGGUGAAAGAUGAAGUUGCACCAUGCUGUGAAAACAUAUGGAGAAGUAGAUGUAAGGCUAAGUGCAUUAAAUGGUCAGCUUUUUGCUCAA